AUCAUCUUCCCCAGCAGCAGGAGAAAAACCCGCGGCGGCCGCUGAACAGCCGGCGACGAAGGCAGAGUAUUCACCUCCCACUCUCCGAUCGUCCAACGACUGAACUCGAAGAAGAAUCAAUUUCGAGACUCCCAGGUGACAAUCUCUGAAAAGAUGUUCCAUUUCACCUCGAGGCUUUGCAGAGGUUUAAAUCUGAAGGAGCUCGUCACUAGUGCCCCUAUCUAUGAAACCUUCACCGAUGUGUCCGCCGGCGGCGGCCUGAACGUGAUGUUCCGUCGAUGGGCUACAAAGAAAACAGCUGGAUCCACGAAGAACGGACGGGACUCCAAGCCCAAGAACUUGGGAGUUAAGAAAUUCGGUGGGGAGAGGGUGAUUCCAGGGAACAUCAUAGUUCGUCAGCGAGGGACACGAUUUCAUCCUGGAAAUUACGUCGGAAUUGGAAGAGAUCACACUCUGUUUGCAUUGAAGGAAGGAAAUGUCAAGUUCGAGACUCACAAGCUCAGUGGCCGUAAAUGGGUUCACAUUGUCCCCAAAGAAGGCUAUGAUCUCCACCCUGUUUACGCCGAUGGAAGCUCUGCUUGCCCAGAGAUGGCGAUGAAGACCUCCUCUUGAAAACUUUCGAAAGGAAUCGGUCUGGUGUUAUCAAUAACCCUCUUUGUACUUCUUUGUUUGUCUCUUUCAUGUACUUUGGAUUUGUCAAGAGGGAAAGAACAGAUUUUGUAGAACAAAUACACAUUUUGAUUUCAAUACUUGCAAGCUAUGCAUUAGGGAAAAGUGAUCAAUUACAGUGGUGGGAGGUGGAAAGAAUUUGCAGCCUGUUUCUGAAAAACCAUAAACAAGCUCUUAAAAAAUCUAAAGAAUCUCGGAACAAUGGUGAUUGAUUGAUCAGUACGCUUUGUCAAAACUGUUCUAGCAAUCCACUUUCAAUGCUCGUAAUCUGGCUCUUGUCGCUCUAUGUCUUGAAUCUCGAGUGGCUCGGGGAAUAUCUCGUUCGACAGUCUCUUACUGUACCCAAUCCUACCGCUGUUAUGAGAUCCUAUUCUCACCGGCUGCUUUGAUCCACCAACUGCUACGGCAUUCUCCGAGGAGCUAUGCCGCCAGCUCCCAAAGAAAGCACUGCUCCACGACGACCUCCUCGAGGAUGUCGUUCUGAGCCGCCCUGAACCAUAGCUGUCUGCCCUUACUACUUUCAUAGGGUUCUCCAAUGCUUUCAGAAUGUACUUCAUGGGAGGACGUUUGGAAGGCUUGGGAUUCAAACAUGACCUGGCAAUGAUGGCCAUGGCCCAAACCUCUUCGAGCAAGUCCUCAUCAACCAUCAUUGAUGGAUCGACGAUCUUGGUCACCAGCUCUUUGUCAUAGAUGCUGAUGUAAGGGAGCGUUUGGUCGAGCCAAUCUCGAAUCGUGGCAUCAUCCGAUUUGUUGCUGAUUCCGAGCUUGCCUGUUACUAGCUCAAGGAGGACCUUACCGAAGCAGUAGACGUCGUGUGCACAGGUCGCCAUUAAUCCUCCUCUAGAGCCUCCAGCUUCGGAUGAUCUUUGUUUUCUCAAGAACCUUGUGAUGAUCUUGUUGUGGUGUGAUUCUGGGCCUUCCUGGACGUGGACCGAACUUAAGCUUCCAAGUCGAACUUCGAACUUGUCGUCAAGAAGAAUGCUACUUGCUUGAACAAUACCUAUGAACAACAGGAGGAUUACACUCAUGGUGCAAGUAACAAAGCCCUUCAGCAGCUCCAGUAGCUAUCUUCAACCUUGUGAUCCAAUCCAAUGACUUCAAACGAUCUUCUUCGUCAACAUUGCUAACCUUGUGCAAUGAGCUAGCCAAAUCUCCAUUCACCAUAUACUUGUACACCAGAAACUUCUCAUUCUCAUUCUCCAAACAAUGCCCUAAAAGAGGCACCAAUCUAGCAUGCGAAUACUUGCUGAAAAAUUCCAGCUCCACCAAUUCCUUCUUGGCAGAACGAGAAUCGAUCCUCUUCACAACAAUCGGACUGCCUCCUUCGAGGAGGCUUUGGAAUAGAUCUCCAGAGUGACCAUGUUUGAUCAGAUUCUUGUCUGCUAAGUCACUUGUCAAGUUGCUGAGCUGUUCAUAUGGGAAUGACUCACCAAUACCAGAAAUGAAAGCGAGAUCUUUCGCCACUGAUGGAGGGUCAUUAUUAUUAUCUCCUUCAGGAACCGGUCCAACGUUAGCACUCCCUCUAGGGCUUGAUCUGUUCCUAUCAAACUUCCUGAGAAACAAUACCAUCACAAUAGCCAGGACCAAGAUGAACCCUAUUGCGCCAACCACCCCUACUAAGAUGUAUAUCCAUUGCUUACUUCUUGAUCUUCGGGGAUUGAAUUCUUGUGAUGGUAAUGGAGCUCCAAAAUCGUCGAAAGAUAACCCUCUCCGAGAGUAAAACAUCCUGCAAUCCUCCAAACUCCUUUGAUCAGAAACUGCUUCUAAGCAGUUCAAGCUAAGAACCACAUUUCUUGGAGUUCUUCCACCAUUGACCACCUUUCCUUGGAUGUAGUUUCCAGAUAGAUCAACGGAACUAGAGUUAUCGAACUGAGAAGAUAGAGCUCCAUACAACAAAUUGUUCGAUAGAUUCAACGCGGCUGAACCAGCUGCAUUGCCAUUGAAACUAAUGCUCUGCACAUCACCUGUGAAGUUAUUCCCAGAGACAUCCACAAUCUGCAGAUCAGGCAACGCAAACAAUGCACUAGGCAGUCUACCAUCUAGCUCGUUGCUCGAAAUUACCAUCUUCUGCAAGUUGUUUAGCUUGGAUAAUCCAUCAGGCAAUGAACCAGAGAGUGAGUUCUUGCUGAGAUUAAGGUCAACCAAUUGAGAUAAUGCACCAAAAUCAUCAGGGAUUGAACCGGCGAGACUGUUAUCGGAUAAAUCUAACGACUUGAGCAUUGAAAUGUUGCCGAAUCCGGGUGGAAUCGACCCGGAUAAGUAAUUGGAAGAAAGAUUGAGACUUGACAAGUUCCUGAGUGAAGCCAAACUCCACGGGAUCGACCCAGUAAGCAGAUUCCUAGAGAGGUCAAGAAUUGACAUUCGACUCAGCUGCCCCAAUGUAGAUGGCAGGGCGCCGGCGAGCUGAUUUUCAGAGAGGUAGAGAGCAUUGAGCUGAGUUAACUCACCGAGCGUCGCCGGAAUCGGGCCGGUGACUGAGCUCGCCCGGAGAUCAAGAACUCGGAGCGACGACCCGAAUUGCGACCCGAACCAGUCCGGGAUGGAGCCCGGGAGGGCGAAUCCCGAAGCAUUGAAAACCUCCAAUGAAGUGAAAUUCGCCAUGGCGUCGACGGAGAACCCGGGAUUCAAACGCCCGACCCGGGUCCUCCUGAACCCGGAAACGUUGAUUCCGGUGACCCGGCCGUCGCCGCCGCACUGGACUCCCUUCCAAUUCGCGCACGGGUCGGAUUUUAUCGGCCAGUCGGAGCUUCGGAUCCCUAAAGACCCCCGGAGAUCGAUCAGCGCCCUCCAUUCCACCCGCGAGCUCAGCAACACACUCCUCUGCUGCGCCGCCGCGCAGCGAAUCAAAACCCAGAUCAGUAGCACCAACCGGAGCAAACCCCGCCGGCAUUCUUCCAUUCAGCUCAGAGAUAAAAAGAUACCAAUCCCAAUAUUUCAGCAGAGAGAGACACUUAAACAAAAUCUGGACGGCCGUUCAAUCACAGAGUCGACUACUCAUGGCCGCAUUCGCCGGCGGCGGGAACGCUCUUCUUUAGCUGGCUUUAUUUAGCUCCCUCUCUGAAAACCCAACAAAAAGGAAAAGUCUGAAGGGGAAAAACUGAAAAAGGGAGAAAUCGUGGAAUUGUUUUUGUUCACUAUUAUUCAAUUAAUUAAUCAAAUAAAUAAAAUAAAAACCUUUUCCUCACAGAUUGCAACAUUCUCACCUCCAAUCACGAGCUUUGAUUCUGCAAUCGAUGCAAUUGUUUUCUACAAUACUCUGUUUUUCUACAGUUAGCCGUUGUUGUUACUCUGUUCCUUCUUCUACGACUAAGCUGCUUCUUCUACCUCUGUUCCCUUCCCAAUAAACAAAUCCUUCUCGGCAUUUAAUGCCAUCCCAGGCUGUCUCAACUCAAUCUCAAUCCCCAAAAAAUAAAAAACAAGGCCACCACCCAAUUCCCACAAAAGGGAAAAAGGGUGAAAAAACAGAGUAUGGAUGACAAAUUGAUGAAGAAGAAGAAGAAGAAGGGCAUUAAUGGUGGAAGUGGUGCGGGGCGGGAUAAAUGACUUCCUUCCUUCCAACCAACCGCCGAGAGAGUCACUGUAUGCCGAGUCGCUUUCAGUUAUCUCUUUCUUCCUCGCCGGAGAGAUAGCUUUUAAUGAAAACCCAGCGCCCCUUCCUCUGUUUUUCCACCCCUUUUUUCUGCUUUAACUUACCUUGGCCAAUCUGGGUGGAAUUAGGACUCGCAGAGGAAGAAGAAACAGGAAGGAGAAGGAAGAUGGUGGUGGGUAGUGGAAGUGGGUGGGUGGCCUGGCUUUGACCGGCUUUAAAAAAGGCUGGCAACAGUGGGCAGCCAGCCA